ACGCCCAAUACUCCAACUACAGGAGUACGUUCAGAAACCAGAUAGGAGUUACGCUGAUCGUUCAGAAAGUGUAGUGUGAUCACCUUGUACAACACUACCCUUUGUUCAGAAACGCUUGCAAGUCGCCUCAGUGUAACUCUGGAGUGACCUUUCAUUACCUCGCUUUUUGGCGCGGUAAUAAUAACCUGUCAUGCGCAUUUCAUAAUUAACUGUCAAAUGUCAACAAUCGUUGUCCAAAUUAUUUUAUUUUCAGUAAAGUAAAUUAUUAAAUUAAUAAUGGAAAAUGCGUAUGUGCCAGUAGUUAACGAAAAUGGUUUAUAUAUUAUUGAAAAUGAAAAUGUUGUUUUGCAAAAUACUCAAAGUGGAGAGUUACUGUAUCAUUCAAUUAAUGCAGAUUUGCAAUCAAUAUUUGGCAUUGAAUAUUAUGAGGAAUUACAAAAGCAACUUGCCGAUCUUGCACUUCCUUCACCAAACGGGACGAGUACGCCGAUGGGAACCAAAGUUUCGUGGAGUCACGAGAUGACAUUAAAGCUCAUUCAUUUUUUAAAACUUCACCAAGAAGAUUUUAAAUCGACCACCAUAAAAAAUGAUGCAGUAUAUGCGCUAAUGAAGGAUGAAAUGAAGAAUGAUGGUGGGAACUUUACUACAUCCCAGAUUAAAGAUAAAGUAAAAUAUUUAAAAAUGAGGUAUAUGAAGAAGAAAGAUAAUAUGAAAGCGACUAGUAGUGGUGCUGCCGCUAUACAAUUUACUUAUUACGAAGAGAUGGAUGAUAUUUACGGAAAAAAACCAAACGUUGAGCCCAUUGCAGUAGCAUCCUCUCUAAGAGGACGCAACUUGGAAGACAAAAAGGAAGACAGUGAUGACGUUCGAUCUCGAUCAUCUAGUCCGCCUGUUACGGAAACUGCAUCAACAACUUCAAGUAUCUCUCCAACACCAUCAGUUUCCAGGAAAAGGCGUUUCACAGAAGAUGAUAUUGAAAGGCGGCAUAAAGAGAGGCUGAGUUUACUUCGAGAGUUGCAGCAAAAAUCCAUUGAAAAUUUCAACAUGCAGAUGAAUAAACUUUUAGACAAAUUGUAGGAUUAUGACAGUAAAAUACCGUACACAUCCUGUAGAAUGUAGUGUAUUUUUUCAAUAUGUAAGAAUAUGUAUUAAGUUCGUAACAGUUUAUGUUUAUUAUUAAUGAUUAAGUGUUUCAUAAAGAUAUUAC